CGACCUCCUCUCUUUCCCCCCUCCCUCGCUGUGAAAAUGGCGCUGUCCAGGGUGUGCUGGGCACGGACUGCGCUUUGGGGUUCGGUCGUCACCCCUGGACCCUUUGUCACUCGGAGACUGCAACUUGGUCGCUCUGGCUUUGCUUGGGGAGCCCCUUGGUCGUCAAAGCUUCACCUUUCUCCAAAGGCAGAUGUGAAGAGUUUGAUCUCUUAUGUUGUGACCAAGACAAAAGCGAUUAAUGGGAAAUACCAUCGUUUCUUGAAUCGUCAUUUCCCCCGCUUCUAUAUCCUGUACACAAUCUUCAUGAAAGGAUUACAGAUGUUAUGGGCUGAUGCCAAAAAGGCUAGAAGAAUAAAGACAAAUAUGUGGAAGCACAAUAUAAAGUUUCAUCAACUUUCAUACCGGGAGAUGGAACAUUUGAGACAGUUCCGCCGAGACAUCGCCAAGUGUCUUUUCCUAGGUAUCAUUUCCAUUCCACCCUUUGCCAACUACCUGGUCUUCUUGCUAAUGUACCUAUUUCCAAGGCAACUACUGAUUAAACAUUUCUGGACCCCAAAACAACAAACUGAUUUCUUAGAUAUCUAUCAUGGUCUCCGGAAGCAGUCCCACUCAGAAAUCCUUAGUAAUUUAGAGAGGGUCAUUCCUCUCAUUUCUGAUCCAGGACUUCGGUGGCAUCUGACAGACCUGUGCACCAAGAUACAGAAUGGUACCCACCCAGCCGUACAUGAAAUCCUGGCUCUCAGAGAAUGUUUCUGUAACCAUCCUCUGGGCAUGAACCAGCUCCAGACUUUGCAGAUGAAAGCCUUGAGCCGGGCCAUGCUUCUCACACCUCACCUGCCUCCUCCCUUUUUGAGGCAUCGUUUGAAGACUCAUACCACUGUUAUUCACCAGCUGGACAGGGCUUUGGCAAAGCUGGGGAUAGGCCAGCUGACUGCUCAGGAAGUAAAAUCGGCUUGUUAUCUUCGUGGCCUGAAUUCUACCCAUAUUGCAGAAGACAGGUGUCGAACUUGGCUGGGAGAAUGGCUACAAAUUUCCUGCAGCUUGAAAGAAGCUGAGCUGUCCCUCUUGCUGCACAACGUGGUCCUGCUUUCCACCAACUACCUUGGGACAAGGCGCUGAGAGAACUGUGGAGUGGAUGGCAUUGUCCUGCAGUCGCGUAGCAUAGCAGUGUGGGACCAAACAGCACUUGUCAGCAGAGUCUGUGAACUUCUCAGGUGUGUGGGAGGCAGAGGAGUGGGUGCAAUGGGCUUCACAGCACACUACCCAUGAGGGAACUGCAGUCAUUCCCCUUACAGCUUGAACUAAAACAAACCCUCUUUUCAGGGAUGGCCCAUGUGAAGUGUCCUCCCAUCUUCACAGUAAGCUGGAGCUGGCAGCAACCUCUUAACUAGUCUUUUCCUGUGUGUGUUAUGGUCAGGUCCUAUAAAGUCAGUUAUUGCCCCCGGUGGGAAUCAUUUGGCCUAAGAUUCAUCAACUGCCAUGUUCUCUACAGUUAUAUUCUAAAGAAUUUCUGAUUGGCACUUGGUAUGGUGGCAUGCGCCUCCCCGUGGCUUGGGAGGCUGAGGCAGGAGGAUCACAAGUUCAAGGCCAGCCUCAACAAGUUAGCAAGAACUUGUCUCAAAAAAUAAAAAGGGAUGGGAAUUUGGCUCAGUGGGUAAAUGCCCCUGGGUUCAAUCCCUGGUACCAAAAAAAAAAAGAGAGAGAGAAAAAAAAAAAUUUCUGGCUGGCAAGAACAACACUGCUUAAUCUGGAGCAUUUACAUAAAUGUACAUCCUUCAAUGUGCUCUUCCAUCCUGAUAUGACCAAAAGAGGGAUUUUUGUUUUUAUUUUUCACUGGCAUGAGCUAACCACUUCCUUUCCUUUUAGAAUCCUUUGAAUACCUUAAAAAAUUUUUUUUUCAAGUAUUAACUUAUGGGAACAUUGUAAAGGAAAAGAUAAAAAGGAAGUACCAUCUAAUCCCUUCCCUAGUGUUUACAGCCUUCAUCCCCCAUUGUCUUAAUUUCUGGGCUGUCAUACAGCCCAUAAAGAUCUUAAAUUCUUUGCUACCUCCACUGUGUUGCAGCAAUCCAACUGUAACCAACAGUGGCUGCCUUCUUUGGGCCAUGGGUCAAAACCCAUAAGGUACUAAUUACUGCCCAGCCCUGGGAGACCAGGAAGAUCUGCAUCGAGAUAGUAAGUUGGGUUUAGCUUUUGUGUGUACAUUCUUGACCUGUAGUUCUGUAAUAACUUAUUGUAAAUGCAUGGAGCACUGUUUUAAACCCAAGUAAAGACUGCCUGAAAUCAGUUGAUGGAAA